AUGGCUCAGAGAAUUGCUAUUGUGUCCGUCUAUGACAAGACUGGAUUGCUGGACCUUGCCAAGGGUCUGGCCCAGCAGAAUGUCCGCAUUCUCGCUUCCGGUGGCACUGCCAAAAUGAUCAGAGAAUCUGGCUUCGCUGUUGAGGACAUUUCCGCCAUCACCAAGGCUCCUGAGAUGCUCGCUGGUCGCGUCAAGACCCUCCACCCGGCCGUCCACGCUGGUAUCCUGGCCCGCAACCUUGCCUCUGACGAGAAGGACCUCGCGGAGCAGCACAUUGACAAGGUUGACUACGUCGUCUGCAACCUCUACCCUUUCAAGGAGACGAUUGCCAAGCCCAAUGUCACCGUUCCCGAGGCUGUCGAGGAGAUUGAUAUUGGUGGUGUUACGCUCAUCCGAGCUGCCGCCAAGAACCACUCGCGUGUUACGAUCCUGAGCGACCCGAACGACUACGCCGAGUUCCUCAAGGAGCUUGAGGCUGGUGAGAUCAAGGAGUCUAGCCGAAACCGAUACGCCUUGAAGGCUUUUGAGCACACGGCCGACUACGAUGAUAACAUUUCAGCCUUCUUCCGUGCGCGAUACGCCACAAACGGCGAACAGCACUCCCAGCUUCGCUACGGCGCCAACCCCCACCAGAAGCCCGCUGCUGCCUUCAUGAAGUCGUCCAACCUCCCCUUCAAGGUCCUGAACGGCUCUCCUGGCUACAUCAACCUCUUGGAUGCCCUGAACAGCUGGCCGCUGGUCAAGGAGCUCAAGGCCGCUCUUGGCAAGCCUGCCGCUGCUAGUUUCAAGCACGUCUCUCCUGCUGGUGCUGCUAUCGGUGUUCCUCUCUCUGCUGAGGAGCGCAAGGUCUACUUUGUCGAUGACAUUCCCGGCAUCGAGACAUCGGCUCUUGCCCAGGCCUACGCCAGGGCUCGCGGAGCUGACCGCAUGAGCAGCUUUGGAGACGUCAUUGCUCUCAGCGACAUUGUCGAUGUUCCCACCGCCAGCAUCAUCUCCAAGGAGGUCUCUGAUGGAGUGAUCGCCCCUGGUUUCGAGGAUGCUGCUUUGGAGAUCCUGAAGAAGAAGAAGGGCGGCAAGUACCUCGUCUUGCAAAUUGAUGAGGACUAUAUUCCCGACCCUAUCGAGACGAGGACCGUCUACGGUGUUACCCUGCAGCAGCACCGCAACGAUGUGGAGAUUUCUCCCAGCUCUUUCAGCCGGACCAUCACACCCAAGGACUUUGCCCUUCCCGAGUCCGCUGCUCGUGACCUUACGGUUGCCACGAUUGCCCUCAAGUACACCCAGAGCAACUCUGUUUGCUACGCCAAGGAUGGUCAAGUAAUCGGUCUCGGUGCAGGCCAACAGUCUCGUAUCCACUGCACUCGCCUUGCCGGUGACAAGGCUGACAACUGGUGGUUCCGCUUCCACCCCAAGGUUCUGGGCCUGAAGUGGAAGAAGGGUACUAAGCGCCCCGACAAGAGCAAUGCCAUUGACCUGCUGGUCAGCGGUGAGCUGCCCAAGUCUGGUGACGAACGUGCGCAGUUUGAGGCUGUGUUUGAGGAGGUCCCCGCAGCUUUCACUGAGGCUGAGCGUGAGGAGUGGGCCAGCAAGCUGACUAACGUCGCUGUGUCCAGUGAUGCCUUUUUCCCCUUCAUUGACAACGUUUACCGAGCACACCGAUCCGGCGUCAAGUACAUUGCCGCACCAGGCGGUAGCCAGAACGAUGGUGCUGUCUAUGAGACUGCCCAGAAAUUGGGUAUUGUGGUCGUAGAGCAGAACGUGAGACUGUUCCACCACUAG